AUCAUACGUAAGAAAGCUGCCAGUGGAGAAAGACGCGUAGUACAGAGUCAGCAGCAGCAACAGCAGAAGCGUGGGAGCCAGUAGUGCACCAGCUCAGUAUGCCUGCGGACAGAAGAGCUUCGGUAUGUGCAAAGUGUCUCUUACUUCGAUCCAGGAAGCUGCCAUUCCAGGGCAUCCUAUGUUACCCAGUAAGCAAUCUCUUAUCUUUAUUAUUUCUUUGUUUUCUUUCUUUUUUUUUUUUUUUUUGGUUUCUGCCAUCGAUCCUAGAUAGCUAGCUCUAUAUUAUAGAGCAGGCAAAGAGAGCCUCCACAGUUGGUUUCACAGUCUCUCCCUCUCUCUAUCUCCGUCUCUGUCUCUCUAUCUCUGUGUAAUUGCUGCUCUGUCUGUGUGUCUGUCAAGAAGAAGCCGCCAUGGUAAGGCACGGGGGAGCCCCUCAAGGGAGGAAGCACACCAAGUACAAGGGCGUAAGGAUGAGGAGCUGGGGUUCUUGGGUGUCGGAAAUCAGAGCUCCCCAUCAGAAAACGAGGAUUUGGUUGGGUUCUUACGCCACGCCGGAAGCCGCCGCCAGAGCCUACGACGCCGCGCUUCUCUGCCUUAAGGGCGCCACCGCGUCCUUCAACUUUCCCGAGUCCGCCGCCCGGCGCAGUGUCCCUGACACGCUCCUGUCUCCUAAGUCUAUUCAGAGGGUUGCCGCGGCCGCUGCCGCAGCUUCAGACGCGUCGUGUUCGUUCGCCGACGACGCGUCCUCGUCACAAUCGUCCACCAUGACACCGCAGCCUCCGCCGCGACCAACGCCGCCGGCCACCUUCGCUUCGUCGUCUUCGGAUCUUGGGGAUGGAGGGAUCGACGCGUGGGUCGAUGACUAUGAUUUAGAGUCGGCCAAGUGUUUGGAUCACUUCUUUGCUUCGCCCAUAGUGGAAGAAGUCGAUGAAGUUGCAGACAUCAGUUUGUGGAGCUUCAGUUGAACGUUCCUCCUUUUUCUUUCCUCUUCUUUUCCUUCAGCUCAAUUUUGGUAUUUAUCCAUAUGACUAGAAUAUUCGUUUUUUAUUAUAAAUAUUACUAACAAAAAUUUCUAGCUUCUUUGAAA